AUGUGGCUGAAAGUGGAAGGGUUUAAAGACCUCAUACGGAGCUGGUGGCAGGGAAUGUUGGUCAGAGGAAGGGCUAGCUAUAAGCUGGCUACAAAACCGAAGGUGAUUAAACAGAACUUAAAAAUCUGGAAUAGGGAGGUGUUUGAGAGUUUGGAGAGUAAUAAAUUGGUUGCUUUACAACAAGUGGAAUACUGGGAUCAGGUGGAAAGUGAGAGGAGGUUGACAGAGGAGGAAACCUCUAUUAAAAAAGAAGUCAAAGAAGGAUAUGCUAAGUGGGUUAACCUGGAGAGGAUACAUUGGAGACAAUUAUCAAGGGAGUUAUGGCUAAGGGAAGGGGAUAGAAAUACGGGUUAUUUUCAUUGUAUGGAAAAUGCUCACCAAAUGAGGAAUACCAUGGAUAGAAUAAAAGUCAAUGGGAUAUGGCUGUCAGAGGAGCAAGAAGUAAGGACAGGGAUUGAAAACGCCUUUAAACAGUUACUAAAGGAAGACUCAGAGUGGAAUGCGGAUAUAGGGGGGUUAAGUUUGAAUCAGAUCAGUCAGCAAGAAGUGGAUACCUUGGAGCUUCCCUUCAUGGAGGAUGAAAUUCAUUCGGCCCUAAUGGACAUGAAUGGGGACAAAACUCCAAGUCUGGAUGGCUUCACGGUGGCUUUUUGGCAAUGCUGCUAG